CGAGAUUCCGGGGGCGGGGAAGGAAAGGGAAGGGGAGUGGGCAGGGACGGCUCGAGGGAUGGCGCAAGUGAGGACCCCGCGCCCCGGGACUCGUUCCCGGCGGGGCGAUCCCCGCCGUCCGUCGCUCGGAGGGGCGCGGCGAUGCGCGGACCCCGCCCGAGAUCCACGCGGGCGACGCCAAACCCCCCCCGGCGGUACACGUGCGAGGGGUGAAUGCCGAUGGAGUGCCGGAGCGACGCUGCGACGUUACGUCCAGUCACCGACAGGUCGGCCUCCGGACGCCUGAGGGCCCCCACAAUCUCCACACCUCUCCUUUUUAAUCCCCGGCCUCGGAUCCGGCCGCCUAGCAAGGAAGACGUGAGGAACGGGGAGACGGAGAGGGAUAGGGAGACUUUUCGGAGGGAGAGACAGGGAGGAGGGAUUUAGAUGGAGGAGAGGGAGACUGCAGGGGGAACAUCGGGAGGGAGUCGGCCGGUGAGCGGCCGGGAGGAUUGCUGGAGUGAGGGGGCGACAGUCGCCUUGAUUCAGGCGUGGGGCGAUCGGCACCUCGAGCUCAACCGAGGGAACCUGAAGCAGAAGCACUGGCAGGAGGUCGCGGACGCGGUGAACGCCAUGCCGGGCGCCGCGAGAGCCAGGAAGACGGACGUGCAAUGCAAGAACAGGAUCGAUACGCUCAAGAAGAAGUACAAGGCGGAGAAGGCUAGGGUUUUGGCCACGAACGGAGCGUUUGUGAGCAAGUGGCCGUAUUAUGACCGGAUCGAUGAUCUGAUCGGACCUGCCGCCACCACGAAGAAGGCGUUGCCUGUGACGCCAGCAGUGAAGGGAGAGCCUCCUAUGGCGCUGCCUCUGUAUCGGACCACGGCAGUUCCAGUUGUCGCGGCAAGGGCUGCAGCCGCAGCGGCAGGCAAGGAGAAGCGGCCGGCAGAGGACGAUUACGUUUUCCGCAGGAUCCCGACCUCGGACACGCAAUCGGGGUCAUCGAGGUCGAAGACGAGCCCCGAUAGCGCGGAGAGCUCGCGGGAAAGCAAGGGGAAGGGUGGGAACGGGGAUGGGGACGGGGGAGGGUUUCGGGAGCUCGCUAGGGCGAUCAUGAGGUUUGGCGAGAUCUAUGAGAAGGUGGAAGCUGCAAAGCAGAGGCAGAUGAUGGAUCUGGAGCGGCAGAGGAUGGAGUUCGUGAAAGGGUUGGAGUUCCAGCGGAUGCAGAUUUUUAUGGAUUCGCAGGUCGAACUCGCGAAGAUGAAAAAGGCCAAGCGUGCAAACACAGUUCUGACCUGUCACACAGUCUUGCCAGAAGGACGCCACACCUGUGUUGAGGCGGCUAGACAUGGGUGCAAGAACAGGAAACAACUUAGGCAUGGCAAAAUGAUAGUUGAGAGUUACUUGUAACUGGCCAUGAGGGCCUCGUGGCACUCUGUUCUUGAAUGAGCCAGCUCCAAUAUGAUGGCUGGUGCACGGGGCUGCUUUGACAAAGUACUACUGCACAAUCCCAACUGAUGCUCAGGUAAUAAUAGAGUUUUCAAGAACUACUGGAAACCUUAGUACUAUUUUUCUAAUGAUUUUGUAUAUUAUCAAUUGUUUACAUAACUAGAUUAAUCAUGCCCUCUAGGAGCGAACCCCCUUUUUUUGUUUUUUUUUUUUUGUUUUUUUCCUUGUGAACAUCUGCUAAAACAUAAAAUGUCAACAGAUCUGAUGAGUUUCUUGUUUUCUUUA